AUGGCGCAUGCUUGUUGGCCGAUCUUUGCGGCCUUCAAGCCGUGUAAGGUUGCCUAUGAUUCCGAGUGCGCGCAAUACCUCUUCCCCAACCAUCAAGGGAACCACGAGGUCUCCCUCUACGCGUUGUGUUGGUGGAGGGUCAGUGAAGAACUGGCUGGUCCUUUUGGCGAGCGCAACUCCAGUGUCAUCAGAUUCGUCGAUCCGCGCGUCGCUGACAUCAACCACGUGGUUGGUGCCAGAGGCUUGUCCGACCCGGCACUUCUUUACCACUUCGCGGGGCGCUCCAAGGACUGGGAGGCGAUGCUGGCGACCUUCGGCCUGGACACCGAGCGAGCACGAACUUGUUUGGAAGUCUACAGCUACGUCGACAACAGGUGGCACAUGUGCUUGAACGCUGGGUUGAACAUGAGCAGAAUCCACAGGCAAGAUGCCGCUGACCGCUACGGCGGUGUGGUGAUGGACUACGCGUAUGGUGGAGGGCCCCUUCGUCUCUCAGAGGUGGCUCAACAUCUGGACCAGACUUUUUGCAGCAUAGACCGCUGCUACAUGGGAGUCAUCUCCGCCGGAGGAGGCAGUGGGCCUGACGAGCAAGGCAUCCUGUAUGACAAGCUGAAUGCCGCCUCCGGUGGGAAAGCUGGCGAUGGUUCAUGGAGCAACUGGGGCAAAGGCUCCAUGAACUCGCAGAAGAUCGUUUUCACUCCGGAUCCGAAGAAGGGCUGCGCAGCGAAGCAGCUCUUCGAUUGGCUGAACGGUGAGAAGCAGGCCGGCAUCGCUCCAGAUGAGGUGUACUUGUUCGAUGAUCGCUGGGGAAACGCUGCGGAGAUGGCCGAAUUUGGCUUCAAUGGUCGAGAGAUAUCUUGCACGCCGCGGGACAAGAUGAUUGGCAAUGGCGUCGUUGGUUUGUGUGGAGCCCUCCUGCGCGAAAUCCGCCGCGAGAAGGGGAUCAAGACGUGCCAACAGUUGGUCGAGGAAGGCUUCUACAAAUGA